AUGGGCCUAAAAGCUAGUUAUUCACACCAUAGGCAUAAAGGCUUGCUGUUUAGUAGCAGGAGGCAAAAGCAGGAAGAAAAAGAUGAAAAUGAUGAAAAUGGAGAAAAUGAUGAAUAUGAAGAAAAUGAUGAAGGAAAUGAAAAUUAUGAUGAAGGCAAUGAAGGCAAAGAUGGUGAAAAAGACGAAGAACAGAGUAACAAUAGACAACAGGCUCAGAACAAUAGAGACAACAGGAUCAGAACAAUAGAGACAACAGGCUCAGAACAAUGCAGACAACAGGCUCAGAACAACAGAGACAGGCUCAGAACAACAGAGACAGGGUCAGAACAACAGACAGGCUCAGAACAACAGAGACAACAGGCUCAGAACAAUAGAGACGACAGGCUCAGAACAGCAGACAACAAGCUCAGAACAACAGAGACAGGCUCAGAACAACAGAGACAACAGGCUCAGAACAAUAGAGACAACAGGCUCAGAACAACAGAGACAACAGGCUCAGAACAACAGAGACAACAGGCUCAGAACAACAGAGACAGCAACGGUGGAGGAGGUAGCAACGGUGGCGGAGGCAGCAACGGUGGAGGAGGCAGCAACGGUGGAGGAGGUAGCAACGGUGGAGGAGGUAGCAACGGUGGAGGAGGCAGCAACGGUGAUGGAAGCAGCAACGGUGGAGGAGGUAGCAACGGUGGCGGAGGCAGCAACGGUGGAGGAAGUAGCAACGGUGAUGGAAGCAGCAACGGUGGAGGAGGUAGCAACGGUGGCGGAGGCAGCAACGGUGGAGGAGGUAGCAACGGUGGAGGAGGUAGCAACGGUGAUGGAAGCAGCAACGGUGGAGGAGGUAGCAACGGUGGCGGAGGUAGCAACGGUGGAGGAGGUAGCAACGGUGAUGGAAGCAGCAACGGUGGAGGAGGUAGCAACGGUGGAGGAGGUAGCAACGGUGGAGGAGGUAGCAACGGUGAUAGAAGCAGCAACGGUGGAGGAGGCAGCAACGGUAGAGGAGGUAGCAACGGUGGAGGAGGUAGCAACGGUGGAGGUAGCAACGGAGGUAGCAACGGUGGCGGAGGUAGCAACGGUGGAGGUAGCAACGGUGAUGGAAGCAGCAACGGUGAAGGAGGUAGCAACGGUGGCGGAGGUAGCAACGGUGGAGGAGGAGGUAGCAACGGUGGAGGAGGUAGCAACGGUGGAGGAGGUAGCAACGGCGGAGGUAGCAACGGUGGAGGAGGUAGCAACGGUGAUGGAAGCAGCAACGGUGGAGGAGGUAGCAACGGGGGAGGAGGUAGCAACGGUGGAGGAGGUAGCAACGGUGGAGGAGGUAGCAACGGUGGAGGAGGUAGCAACGGUGAUGGAAGCAGCAACGGUGGAGGAGGUAGCAACGGAGGUAGCAACGGUGGAGGAGGUAGCAACGGUGGAGGAGGUAGCAACGGUGGAGGAGGUAGCAAUGGUGGAGGAGGUAGCAACGGUGGAGGAGGUAGCAACGGUGGAGGAGAUAGCAACGGUGGAGGAGGUAGCAACGGUGAUGGAAGCAGCAACGGUGGAGGUAGCAACGGUGGAGGAGGUAGCAACGGUGGAGGAGGCAGCAACGGUGAUGGAAGCAGCAACGGUGGAGGAUGGUAG